AUGUCCAAAACAGAUGAAGAAAAGCCUCCAGAGAAAGCGAUUGUAUUUGAGACGAUCAGACUCCCCUCCUGUUAUAAUGUUGUAUGUUUUCUUUGGAAGCUGUGGGCCUUUAUCGCUAUGGCUGUUUAAUUUCUUUGCUUCAGAAGACUCUCAACGACAAAGUCCUUCGUUCUCAACAUUACAAGUUAAGUGAGAAGUUCAGGGUCAAACAACGACAGCUAAAUCAACUUGAGAAAAGGAUCGAAGAACUCGAGAAUCGGCAUACCUCGGAUGAUCAGCUCAUUUGCGCGUUGAAUCGGCAAUGGAACCUAGUUAGUUAUUCUUCAUGUUAUUUAUUCUGAUUUUAGUUGGACGACAUGCUUAUGGAUUUAUUCCGUCAACAAACAAAUGAGGAUAUUGUAGAUGGGAACUCUUCGAAUCAGAGAAUGGAAAUUAAUUAUUUGACAUUGAUUUCUCAACUCAAUAGCGAUGAAGUUACUCAAAAGUUAGAGAGUAGAGUAAACUUUAGCAAUGAAUCCUUUGCCCGUCUCUUGCGAUGUAUAAAUGGAAUUUCGAGAAGGAGAGAUCGGAUAUUAUCCCUCUUGUCCAAGAAAGAAAAAGGUAUAAAAAAUUCUUUUAUUGCUAUAUUUUUAGAUGCGUGUUCUGUGGAUGAUGAGGACAGUCAACUAACGGCGGAGACGGAUACGGAUCGAAUUGGAGAGUUGGAUUCACUGUUGAGGCAAGAACUAUCUGAAGCAUUAGCCGAAAAUAAACGAUUGGAAGUUCUAACCUUAAAAUUAACCACCGAAAAAACACAACUAGCCCAUUCGGUAAUUUAUGAUAUUUGAUGCCACUUAUAGUGUUUUAGCUGGCUCUUCAAAAAGAUAAAUUAGAAGUUAUGGAAUCUCAAGUCGAAAAUGCGAAGAAUCAAUUUGAAGAUGCCAAGUUUGAAGUCGCCAAGGCCAUUAACAAAGAGGAAAAGUUGGAAGGACAGAUUAUUGAGGUGGGAAGACAUGAUUUAUAUUUUUAUCUUGUAAUUUAGUUGAAACGGCAACUGGAUAAAGCAAAAACAGCAGCCGUAGAAGAAGCAGCCCGAGAAAAAGGAGAGAAAUCAAAGGCAGAAACAUCGGCAGGGAUCUCAGAAACACAAUUAGAAGAGCUCCAAGGAGAUAUUGAGAUUCAAACAGAUCUGGCGGAGAAAAGAUUGGCCGAAAUUCAACAGUUGACGACUCAAAAUCAAGAGUUGGCUGCAAAAAUUGUAGAAUUAAAUAAUGCGGUGAGUUAAAAGUGGUAUAAAUUGAUGUUAUUGUGUUUAGAUCAAGUUCUUGCCCACAUGUGUGAUCCAAUCUUCUCCUGAUUUCAUUUGUCUUCGGCUCAGAUAUACGAAUCUUGUGGAUGAGGCUAAAAGGAUAGAGUAGGAUAAUAUUUUUAUAGUUAUUAUUAUGAUUUUAGUCAAGAAAAUGCUCUUCUCAAGGGUCAUAUCAUGGAAUUGAGGACUUGUUACGACGCUCAAGUGGCUGAACUCAGAGUGAGAAUUUUGUUAUGUUAUACGUGACAUAUUUAUGUUUACUAUAGUAGGUAAUAUUUUUAGAACGAAUUUACAAUUGGAAUGGAAAGAUUAAGAGAGAAUUGCACAAUGAUGAGCUCAGAAUUAUUGGCAGUGAAGAAGGAAUGCUCAUUGAUGGAAUUGGAAUUCAAACAAAAAUAUGAAAGUGAUGCCAUUGAAGCGAGGAAUUAUAAAGAGAUGAAACGGUUCUUACAAUCAGCCAAAGAUGAGAUCAGAAGAAAAGGAGAGGAGAAUUUGAGGCUUAGGAACGAGAUUAAGAAGUUGAAAGAGCAUGCAGAUGGGGUCAGUUUAUAUUGUAGUAGAUUUUUAUCAAGAUAUUUUUGAAUUUUUUUUAUAUUGAGGUUGUAAAUAUUUGAACAAUUGCUUUUUCAGAACAAGGAAGUAGAUUCUACAGAUAAUAUUGACAUAAAACCGGAGUUGAAAGACGUCAAAACUGAGUCUUUGAAUGCCAAUGUGGAAGUUCACCCAGAGAUUGAACAGUAUCGAAAAGAAAUUGCAAGAUUAUCUCAGUUCAAUGAGAAACUCAAGCGACAAAUUGAUUCCUACGCACAUUCGGAAAGAGGAUUGAUGAGUGAAAUUGAGAAUACAGCUACAGCAGUCGAAGAAUUGAUGAAUCAGAACACAUCAUUGGCCGAGAGGGUCUCGGAACAAGAGGAAACUUAUAUAAAGAUGGUCAAGGAUGGACUCCAGAAUGAAACGGCGUCUCGGACUCUCAAACAAGCUCUCGAAGUACUGGAACAGAAGGUGAAGAUAGUGGAGAGUGAAAGGGAAGCGAUGAGAUUUGAACUUCAACAACACACAGAGAAGGCGGAACUUUGCAAGCAAUGUACGGUGACGGUGGAAGCAACUUUGAAGAAAUUGAAUGCCACAUACGAAGCAACGCGAAGGAAUCUGAUGAAUAUGAAUGUGGAAUUAAAUGAACUCAAGAUUAGGUAUGAGAAACAAAGUGCCGAGGUUCAGGAUCUUCGACAACAGCUGAAAGAAAGAGUGGCCGCUAUUGAAGGAUCAAGGGGGAAAAUGAAUCGUCUAAAAGAAGAGAAAAAUAUCCUGAAGAAGAAAUUACAUCGAGCAAAACAGGCUGCGGAUUGUGAGAACUUUGAUGAGUUACUAAUGGAGGAGAACAAAAUGCUCAGAGUAUGUUUAUAUUAUACAUGGGUAUUAGAAUUGGAUUUUUGAGGAGAUUGUUUGUUGUGAUGAGUGUACCAUUUUAUGCGUUGAAAAUUCUCAUCAGGACGUCCUCUACUUGUUUUUGAGAAUUGAAUUUAAAUUCGAAAGCAUUCCGGUUAACUUUGAGGAUGGUUUAGAGAGUGGGGUUAAGUGUAAUAUAAAGAUUUCCAAAUUUUUAGGUGUUUUGUGUUGGAGUACCAAGGUUUUUUUAAAUUUUUUGUUUUAUUUAAAAAAUUUCCGGGCUUUGCUUCUGAAAACUUCUGAAUUUUAGAAGUUUUUUUCAUACCUUAACAUUAAUUUUAAGGUCAUGUGUAAUAUAAAGUGAUUAAAAUUUAUAUAUUUUAUCUUUUUAGGAGUCCCUUGCCUGCCCCAGCUGUAAAACCGGCGACAAGAAUACAGUUCUCACCAAAUGUUUCCACGUUUUUUGUAUGGAGUGCGUCAAGAAGAGGUAUGACGGACGGAGUCGUAAAUGUCCCAAGUGCAAUGCCGCUUUCGGAGCCAAUGAUUUCCAUCGAAUUUAUAUCGAGUAA